UGAACUCAGUCUUGUGAAAGGAGCAGUAGUGUGACAGCAAGUCAGUCUUCUUUUUCUUGCAGUUAUCACAACUUUGAUUUGUUUCUGACCAAACCAGAUAAUUAGAUGUAUAUAUUUUAAAUGCGUUUCUUUUUAUUUUAACCUAGUAUUUGCAAUUGUAUAGUUUUGCUAUUAGGCGUACACUCUUUUUCGAUCAUUGUGAUAUCACAUCUUGGACUCACCCUGGGGGAUAUUUGCGAACAGCAGGUUAUCUGAUAGAAACACCGGGGAUGCUGAAAGUCACUAUGCCCUCCUCCAGAACAGGGGCUGCUUCGGAAUACUGGAUCGACGGCUCUAACAAGGAGGAGACGCUGGCUGAUUAUUAUGAAUUGGAGUCUGAACUGGGACGGGGGGCUACUUCAGUUGUGUUUCGGUGCCGGCAGAAAGGAACACAAAGGCCAUAUGCUGUGAAAAUGCUGAAGAAGACUGUUGACAAGAAGAUUGUUCGGACGGAAAUUGGUGUUUUACUUCGACUUUCACAUCCUAAUAUCAUUAAACUGAAAGAGAUCUUUGAAACCCCGGUUGAGAUCAGUCUGGUGUUGGAAUUGGUCACAGGAGGAGAGUUGUUUGACAGGAUUGUGGAGAAAGGAUAUUACAGUGAACGUGAUGCUGCGGAUGCUGUUAAACAAAUCCUGGCGGCGGUAGCAUACCUGCAUGAAAACGGAGUCGUCCAUCGCGAUCUCAAGCCUGAGAACCUUUUAUAUGCCACCUCGGCUCCUGACGCACCACUCAAGAUAGCUGAUUUUGGCCUGUCUAAAAUCGUGGAUGACCAGGUCACAAUGAAGACUGUCUGUGGAACCCCUGGAUAUUGUGCUCCUGAAAUUUUGCGAGGCACUGCUUACGGGCCAGAGGUUGACAUGUGGUCUGUAGGAGUGAUAACCUAUAUACUGCUUUGCGGGUUUGAACCGUUCUAUGACGAAAGGGGAGAUCAAUACAUGUUCAAGAAGAUUUUAAACUGUGAAUAUGACUUUGUCUCCCCCUGGUGGGAUGAUGUGUCCCUAAACGCCAAAGAUCUGGUGAGGAAACUGAUCGUCCAGGACCCUAAAAAGCGGCUCAGCACUUUCCAGACCCUGCAGCACCCCUGGGUGACAGGGACGGCAGUGAACUUUGCACACAUGGACAAUGCACAGAAGAAACUGCAGGAGUUCAAUGCCCGCCGCAAGCUAAAGGCUGCGGUAAAAGCUGUCGUAGCAUCAACCCGCCUUGGAAGCGCAGGAAGUCACGGCAGCCAUGACAGCAACAAGAACAACCGCAAUCACUCGCCCUUUCAAGGGAACGAAGCCGAGUCCCAGCAGCCAAGGGAACCAGCACAGACAGAGAAGGAGGGCUUAUAGGUCUCCCUGACAACCCCUGCCUCAGAAAGGCCUCCUGAACCUGUCAUUAUAACUGCUUGAGACUUUGAACGUUUUGGAAAAGUGGCAUUGUUUUUUUUUUUUUUUUUUUUUUUUUUUUUUUUAGAUCACACACUUGUGGUCACACCAAUGAACAGGUUUGGAAUUGUGACAAUUCACAAGUGUGACACUUAUUUUCUAAUGCAUGUGGAUGCUUUGUCAACAAACAAAAAUAACAAGCAUGAGACUGCCAAUGUGACAUGUGAAUGGGCACAAUGUUAUGAAAUGCCAAGUGUUUAAAAACACACUUGGACCAGAUAUUCCUUGCAUUUGUUUAUUUAUUUGUAGGCUGCUUCUGGAUUUUAACAGGUGAUGGGUCUUUAAUUUGUGCUUAUUAGAAUGCUUGUAUUUUAAUAGUAUGUUUACAAUGAAUAUACUGAAACACAAAAGAAACGCAACAUCAGGUUUAAUGGAUCUAAUCAAAUAUUUUAAACAUAGAUAUCA